AUGAUUGGCUGGCAAGCCCCGACCCAGGGGUGGGCUUGUUUAAACAUGGAUGGAUCAGUGAUGCUCAGUCAAGGAAGUGCAGCAGCGAGAGGAGUGCUCCGGAGUGAUGAAGGCCGCUUUGUGAGAUGUUUUAUGGUGAACCUUGGUGGUGGCUCAAUAACUCAUGCGGAAUUAGCUGGCAUCGACUAUGGCUUAAGACUGGCGUGUUCAGAUAGACUCGGCUGCAACCAUUGCUUUUCUUCAAGGUGA